UCGUGAUAAACGGAGCUUCGUGCUGCUCGCCUUUCCCCUUUCUUACCUCGGGCCGCUUAUCCUCGCCAGCGCUCGGCGACAGUCCCUAUGAAAAUGCAUUUUUGAAAACCGCUGCGUGCACGCUCCUGCAGGGCAUGAGUGUGGCUGGAACAGAGCUUGGGUUGGGACCCUUCCGAUUCCCGCCCCCUGCAGCGCAAGCGCUCUGCAGCAGGGCCCUGCUCCCCGCGGGAGCCCCACAGUUGGGGAGGCCGGGCGGGCCUGGGGUGCCAGGCAGGCCGCCAUCCCGCGGGAGGGGGCGUGAGCAGGGCGGGGCCGGAACGUCUUUCUCCGGGGCCGCGCCCCGGGCGGGCACAGUUACCGUCGCACGGAUCAUGGCCGCAGCCGCACUAGCGCAGAUCAGGGCCCGAAAACUUCUCCCUGUCCCUUGGCUUCUGUGUGCUCCCAGGAGAUGUGCCUCUUCCAAUUUCAAGGCUGCAGACCUGCAGCUGCAAAUGACACAGACGCCUCAUAAGAAGCCCGACCCCGGGGAGCCCCUGGUGUUUGGGAAGACGUUCACCGACCACAUGCUGAUGGUGGAAUGGAACGAGAAGGGCUGGGGCCAGCCCCGAAUCCAGCCCUUCCAGAACCUCACACUCCACCCGGCCUGCUCCGCCCUCCACUACUCCCUGCAGCUCUUUGAGGGUUUGAAGGCGUUCAAAGGCGGGGACCGUCGCGUGCGCCUCUUCCGCCCCUGGCUCAACAUGGACCGGAUGCUGCGCUCGGCCCUGCGCCUCUGCCUGCCGACCUUCGACAAGGGCGAGCUGCUCGAGUGCAUCCGCCGGCUCAUCGAAGUGGACAAGGACUGGGUGCCCGACGGCGCUGGCACCAGCCUCUACGUGCGGCCCGUGCUCCUUGGGAACGAGCCGUCGCUGGGUGUCAGCCGUCCCCUGCAAGCCCUUCUGUACGUCAUCCUCAGCCCGGUGGGCUCGUACUUCCCCGGAGACUCCCUGACCCCGGUCUCCCUCCUGGCCGAUCCAGCGUUCAUCCGGGCCUGGGUGGGUGGGGUUGGCAACUACAAGCUAGGGGGGAAUUAUGGGCCCACGGUGUUAGUGCAACAGGAGGCAAAAAAGAAGGGUUGCGAGCAGGUCCUCUGGCUGUUUGGGCCUGACCACCAGCUCACCGAGGUGGGCAACAUGAACAUCUUCGUCUACUGGACCCACGAGGAUGGGGUGCUGGAGCUGGUGACCCCCCCGCUGGAUGGUGUCAUCCUGCCUGGAAUAGUCAGAAAGAGUCUGCUGGACCUGGCUUAUACCUGGGGUGAGUUCCGGGUAGCAGAGCGCAAGAUCACCAUGAAGGAAUUACUGCAGGCGCUGGAGGAGGGCCGGGUGCGGGAAGUCUUCGGCUCAGGCACCGCGUGCCAGGUCUGCCCUGUGCACCAAAUCCUAUACCAAGGCCAGCACCUCCACAUUCCCACCAUGGAAAAUGGGCCUGAGCUUAUCCUCCGCUUCCAGAAGGAGCUGAAGGCGAUCCAGUACGGGACGAGCGCCCACGAGUGGAUGCUCCCGGUGUGACCGUGCGGGCUGAGUGCAACCACCUUUCGGAUCCACCGACCUGUAGCAUCCAGUCACGCCGCCUCUUGCCUCCCUCCCAAUGACUCACCUGAAGUGCAAUAAGAAGUAGAAGGCCGGGGGACAGGACGCCUGGGUCUCUGGCGCCCCCGCGUGGUCAGUACACUCCCAAAGCCAUAAGGGCCGGAUCCAGGCGUCUUGGCCACUAGCCCCGCGUCUCGGGUCUCGGGGGUUAGGGCCCCCUGUUUCUCCUUGUCGUGGGGCUAAGGAUGCGCUUUAGCUCCGACCCCGCAUCUCUCCGUUCUCAGGCUGGACCCCGGGUGCUGCCGUUGAGUAUUUUUUUCUCUUUCUCUUUGCUGCAAUUUUGAAAUAAAAUGCCAAAGAAUAAGA